GAAUUAGAUGAAGUUUCUGGUUCUUCUUCUGAUGCUGACAACAUGCGCUGCAGAUCCUCAAGAUCUGACUGGUAAAAUGUUCACCUUCCCACAAGAGGGUAACAAAGCUCAUGUGAGGCUGAACACACCAAAACAGAAUUUCAAAGUGGUCACUGUCUGCCACAGAUCCUUCACUGACCUGAAAAGAAAUCACGGUCUUUUCUCACUGGCCACACCUAAUUAUUUCAAUGGCUUCCUGAUUUAUUAUAACUACUCCAGUCGUGAGAUGGAGCCCUAUGUCAGGGAUAGUAGGUCCAAGUAUGGAGGGCUGGACUACAAACCCAAUGUGUGGCACUCUAUUUGCACCACAUGGGACUCUGGGUCUGGACUGAUGCAGCUGUGGUUUAAUGGGCAGCCUCUGACAAAGAAAUAUGUCAGCUCUGGAGAGAUCAGUGGACGUCCUAUAAUUAUCUUAGGACAGGAACAGGAUUCCCACGGUGGAAAGUUUGACCCCACUCAGAGUUUUGUGGGUAUGAUGACAGAUGUCCACAUGUGGGACUAUGCCCUUUCAGCCUGUGAGAUCCAGAAGUAUAUGGAUGAGCAGAACUUCACCCCAGGCAAUGUGCUCAACUGGGCUGCGCUGGAUUUCCAGAUUACAGACAGGGUUCUGAUAGAGAGUAAACAAAUGACCUGUCACUAAACAUCUGUACCAUGUUCAGCCAAACACAAUUAAUACGUCGGUUUAGGUCUAGUUUAGGUGUAAACUAGAAGUUCUUUGAUGCUUAAUGUUGUGUUUACUGAUUUGGUGUUAACUGAUUAUUAGCUUAAUUAGAACACACUAUAAUUUACAGUUUUCAAUCACUUCAUUUAUGAACCUUUAAAAUCAUUUCUCACGGGUUUUUUCCCCCCAUUGAAUCAGUACCAUCUUCUGCCCCCAAGAAGUGUGUGUGUGUGUGUGUGUGUGUGCGUGUGUGUGUGUGUGUGUGUGUGUGUGUGUGUGUGUGUGUGUGUGU